CCACCACCGAGUCCAACCCCGUUCAGCUCCCUCACCACCAUCAACCCAUCCCCCUACCAUCCUCCACUGCUAUCCCACCACCAUGGUCGACAUCACCGACCCUUCAGACUGGACCCCAACCCUCCUCCCCGCCCUCUCCUCCCUCGACUCCUCCCUCCGCUGCCAAAUCUGCAAAGACUUCUUCACAGCCCCCCUAAUAACAACAUGCUCGCACACCUUUUGUUCUUUGUGUAUCCGAAGAUGUCUCGCGAGCGAACAGAUAUGCCCGACGUGUAGGAGUCCGGAGCAGGAGAUGCGGUUGAGGAGGAAUGUGGUUGUUGCCGAGAUUGUGGAGGUUUGGGGAAAAGAGAGGCAAGAAUUGCUGGAUCUCGCACGGAAAGAUCGGACACCACCACACUCCACCACCAUCCCCCCACCAACCCCAAACGACAUCUACGACCUCUCAUCCUCCCCACCCCCUCCCUCCCGCCGCCAACCCCGUCGCGCCGCAGCCCCACAACCACAACCAGAACCACCAACGUCGGACCCCAGUUUAGUCCCCUGUCCAGUCUGCUCCCGACCAAAAAAAGAAGCAGAAAUGAACGCACAUCUCGAUCGAUGUCUAAGUGGCCGCACAUCGCCUCCUCCUCCGCCUCGUCGUCGGUCAUCACCCGCACCACCUCCACCUCAACCCCAGCCCUCACCACGCGUCGACGAAGGCCGGAUGACUCGAAAUCGCACGAACGGCACAAGUAUGGCACCCACAGACAUGAAACGCCUCCCGAAACUAAACUACGCCCUGCACACCGAAUCCAAACUCCGCACUCACCUCUCAACCCUAUCCAUCCCAACCCACGGCCCAAAACCCCUUCUCCAACGUCGACAUGCAGAAUGGGUCUCGUUAUGGAACGCGAAUUUGGACGCGUUACACCCUAAACCAAAACGCGAACUACUACGAGAGUUGGGGGAGUGGGAACGCACCAUGGCUGCUGGAGAGGUGAGGGGGUUGGACGGCAUUGUCGGGAAGGGGAAGGGGAAGGGGAGGGAGGUGGAUUUGGAGGGGUGGGGGAGGAGGCAUGAGGAUGAUUUCAAGGAUCUCAUUGCGAAGGCGAGGGGGGCGGGGAAGAAGCGGAAGAGGGAGGAGGAGGAUGCAGAGACUAAGGCGGAGGAGGGUGGGGGUGAGAAGGUUGUGAAGAUUGCCGAUGCUGAGGAUGUUAAGGAGGAUCCAGAUGUGGAUGAUGACGUGGAGAGUAUCGUCGAGAGUAUCGUGAACAGCGUCGUCGAUGACAGCUCCGACGACGACAUUGACGAUAAUUCCGAAGGUGAAGAUAAUGUCGACUCGCGCGAAGCCAUGGAGAUCCAAGAAUUCAGGGGACCGAAUGAUGAUCAAGUAUGAUGGACAUCUGCUGUUGGAUAGGGCUUGAGUCAGAUGGGGUUUGUUUUAGGUCAAGCAUUUACAAGCCGGCGCUGUUGGUGUUUUUCGGGUAUUUAUGUUUGUGUUUGGCGAAUGGCAGCGAGGGACUAAACGAAGGUGAAAAUCAUUGCAUUCUAUUCACAUAGCAUUCAUACAAAAAAGGACACCUUUCCAACCUCCACGUUCGCAGACAUCCACAGUCACGGUCUACGCAGUAGGAG